AUGUGGUGUUUUGACUUUGAGGAUCAUGAAGAUUUGUAUGGGAUCUUAGCUUCAUCUAAAGAAUUUGAUGAAUUAGUCUUCCUAACCCUCAUUUAGAUAUUCAAAAGGGAGAAUAUUUUAGAUUGUAUAUAAUUUCUUUCAAAAAUUAAAAAUCUAAGACAAUACACAUAAGACAUAUAACAUGUACAAAUGUAUAGUUAAUUAAUAAGGAAUGGAUUACAAAUGCUGGAAAUAACAAGAUUAAGAGAAUAAUAGAAGUUCUCAACAAAAUUAAAGAUCAUGAUUUUAAUUAAGAAGAUUACUCUGCAGAAGAAUACUAAAAAGAGAAUGAAAACCUGAUCACUAACAUAUCAAAGAACAAGAAGAUUAUAGAAUAUCUAAAAUUUUUAGUUCAUCUUACUGCUUUAGAUGAAAGAUUUAUUUAAUGUGGAUCAAAUUCUCUUUAUUUACUAGUUUAAAUGAAAGUUGAUUUGAAGGAAUAAUGUUUUGAAAAUAUAAGAAUUAGAAAUACUUCCUUAAUAGGAGCUAAUUUGGUAAGAUGUGACUUAAGUGGAUCAGAAUUUGACAAUGUCAUUAUUAGUGGAAUGAGUUUGAAUUAAGCCAAAUUAUUAAAUUGUAAGUGGAGAAAUUUAAGAAUAAAUGAGUUACGUAUAUUUAAUGGGCAUAGAAACAAAGUCAAUUAAGUUUAUUUUUUUUUGGAUGGUAAGUCAUUCGUAUCAUUCAGUGAUGAUGAAUCCAUUUGUUCGUGGGAUGUGAAAACAGGUAAGAUAAAGUAGAUAAUCAGAACAAAGGGGUAAGUAAAAUCAGGAUACUUCUCAAACAAUAAUAAUACAUUAGCUUUCAGCAGCAGAAAAUUUGUGUAUUUAUGGAAUCUGAGAACAGGAAAAUAAAUAUCUAAAAAAAUAGGUCAUACUAGCGCCAUAGCUUCAAUAUGUUUCUCUUCUGAUGGUGCUACAUUAGCAUCUGGUAGUUCCGAUAAGUCUAUCAGUUUGUGGGAUAUUAAGACAGGAUAAUUAAAAGCCAAAUUAAAUGGUCAUUCGCAUUAUGUAAUGUCAGUCAAUUUCUCUCCUGAUGGUAUUACAUUAGCAUCUGGUAGUUAUGAUACCUCUAUCCGUUUAUGGGAUGUUAUGACUGGAUAAUAAAAAGCCAAAUUAGAUGGCCAUUCAAGUUAUGUUAUGUCAGUCAAUUACUCUCCUGAUGGUACUACAUUAGCAUCUGGUAGUUAUGAUAAAUCUAUCAGUUUAUGGGAUGUUAAGACUAGAUAAUAAAAAGUCAAAAUAAAUGGUCAUUCACAUUUUGUGUUGUCAGUCAAUUUCUCUCCUGAUGGUACUACCUUAGCAUCUGGUAGUUCGGAUAACUCUAUCCGUUUAUGGGAUGUUAACUCAGGCUAAUAAAAAGCCAAAUUGGAUGGUCACUCAUCAGGGGUAUAUUCAAUCAAUUUUUCUCCUGAUAGUACUAUACUAGCAUCUGGUAGUUAGGAUAAGUCCAUCCGUUUAUGGGAUGUUAAGACAGGAUAAUACAAAACCAAAUUAGAUGGUCAUUCAUAUAAUGUUAACUCAGUCAACUUCUCUCCUGAUGGUACUACAUUAGCAUCUGGUAGUCACGAUAAGUCUAUCCGUUUAUGGGAUGUUAAGACAGGAUAAUAAAUAGCUAAAUUAGAUGGUCAUUCAAAUUAUGUUACUUCAGUCAAUUACUCUCCUGAUGGUUCUAUAUUAGCAUCUGGUAGUGUAGAUAAGUCUAUUCGUCUAUGGGAUGUUAAAGUAGGAUAAUAAAAGUCUAAGUUAGAUGGUCAUUCUAACACAGUUAAUUCAGUCAAUUUCUCUCCUGAAGGUACUACACUGGCGUCUGGUAGUUCAGAUAACUCUAUCCGCUUAUGGAAUGUUAUUACAGGAUAAUAAAUAUCUUUAUUAAUUGGCCGUUCAAGAAUUGUUUAUUCAGUCAGUUUCUCUCCUGAUGGUACUACACUAGCAUCUGGUAGUGGAGAUAACUCUAUCCGUUUAUGGGAUUUUAAGACAGGAUAAUAAAUAUCUAAAUUAAUUGGUCAUUCAGAACCUGUUUAUUCAGUUAACUUCUCUCCUGAUGGUACUACAUUAGCAUCUGGUAGUGGAGAUAACUCUACCCGUUUAUGGGAUGUUAAGACAGGAUAAUAAAAAGCCAAAUUAGAUGGUCAUUCAAAUAGUGUUAAUUCAAUUUGUUACUCUCCUGAUGGUACUACAUUAGCAUCUGGUAGUAGGGAUAACUCUGUCCGUUUAUGGGAUGUUAAAACAGGAAAAUAAAAAGCCAAAUUAGAUGGUCAUUCAUCAUAUGUUUUAUCAAUUUGUUACUCUCCUGAUGGUACUACAUUAGCAUCUGGUAGUUUAGAUAACUCUAUCCGUUUAUGGGAUGUUUAGACAGGAUAAUAAAAGUUAUCUUCAGAUAAUCAUUACAAAGUAAUUUUAACAUAAAUUUAACCUCAAAUUUUUAACAACAACCCUUGCUUAGAAAGUGGUAUCUAUUUUUGAUUAUUUUUUAGUUUCUAUCCUUCUGAUAUCAAAAUAGCUUAUAUUUUAAUCAUAAGGAGCACUCAUUUUGAAAGGAGAAUUUGUUAAUUUAACUGGCAUCGACUUAAGGGAAUUAUUUAAAUAAAGAGGAAGUUAUAUUUUAAAAAACUAAAUUGGAUUAAAAAAAUAAUAAGAUUGA